CAAAGGGACAGUAUCUGUUUGACCUCAUCUGCCACCAUCUCAACUUGCUGGAGAAAGACUAUUUUGGCAUCAGAUAUGUGGAUCCAGACAAGCAGCGGCACUGGUUGGAGUUCUCAAAAUCAAUUGCAAAGCAAAUGAAAUUCAAUUCUUUUGGGUUUUCUAACUGUUGACCAGAAGAAGAAAAAAACUUCACUUUGGGCUUCUGCACCUUGUGUUGGGCGAGUAUCAUUAUUUGUGACAUUUUAUAGAGUAAAUAAUUGAUCCAGAGGACAUUUUGAUUUAUCUAUAUUGAAAAAUCUGUAGUGUAUUUAUGUUUAGGAUUUAUUUAUGACAGGGGUGAUGCACAUUGAUUAACAGACUGAUUCCAGACUGAUUUCCAUGUCUUGUCAUUGGUCCUAAAAAUAUAUCAAAACAUCAUAUUUUAUAAAAUGAAUGUACACAACAUAAUAAAUAUGCACAAGAUAGUACAGUAAACUACCACCAAUAAAUAACGCCACCGUAUAACGGAUGGUAGCCACAAGCCAUUAUAAAUGAAGCAAAAAACAAAAGCAUGCAAGGAAGGGUAAUAGCAGGGCCCUGAUCAAGACCAACUAACUGACCUAGUAGGAUUUUUGAAACUCUACUUUAAAUCUGUCUGUUUGUCUCAAAACUGUCCUGCUGUCUCCCACAAUCGAUUGUUUGAUAUAUGACAAUGAAAGGAUUCCUGUGUGUUUCUUACAUGUUUUGUGUGUGUUUCCUCCAGCUCAGCCUCCAUUCACCAUGUGUCUGAGAGUCAAGUUCUACCCUCCUGAACCCGCCUCUCUAAAGGAGGAAAUCACUCGAUAUCUUGUCUUCCUGCAAAUCAAGAGAGACCUCUACCAUGGUCGGCUCCUGUGUAAAACCUCGGAUGCGGCCAUGCUCGCUGCUCACAUCCUCCAAGCUGAGAUUGGUAAUUACGACCCUGGGAAGCAUCCUGAAGGUUACAGCUCUAAAUUUCAGUUUUUCCCUAAACAUUCGGAGAAGCUGGAGCGCCGGAUUUCAGACAUACACAAGACAGAGCUGAUUGGACAGACACCAGAGACAUCAGAGCGAAAUUUCCUGCAGAAAGCCCAGAUGCUGGAGACAUAUGGUGUUGAUCCACAUCCAUGCAAGGAUGUGUCCGGGAACCCAGCUUUCCUCGCCUUCACACCAUUUGGUUUUGUGGUGCUUCAGGGAAACAGGAGAGUUCAUUUUCUUAAAUGGAACGAAGUGACCAAACUGAAGUUCGAAGGCAAGACCUUCCACGUACAUGCAAAUCAGAGGGAGGAUAAAAAGAUCAUCUUGACAUACUUUGCGCCCACACCGGAGGCAUGCAAGCACCUUUGGAAGUGUGGAGUGGAGAACCAAGCUUUCUAUAAGCUUGAGAAGUCAAGUCAGGUUCGAACGGUGUCCAGCAGCAACUUAUUCUUCAAGGGCAGCCGUUUCCGUUACAGUGGUCGAGUGGCAAAAGAGGUGAUGGAGCAGAGUGCCAAAAUCAAACGCGAACCUCCAGAAAUACACAGAGCUGGCCUCGUGCCCAGCAGAAGUUGUCCAUCCAUCACCCACGGGCCUCGCCUAACCAGUGUGCCACGCACACGUCGGAGAGCUGUGCACAUAUCUAUCAUGGAGGGUCUGGAGUCAUUGCGUGACAGUGCCCACUCUACACCAGUGCGUUCAGUGUCCCAUGGGGACUGCUUCAUGCCACGCUCCCGGAGCCAGGCCACGGACGCCAGUGAGAGGACUGCGGUGAUCUCCGACGAGGCCUACAGCCCGUCUGACAGCGUCCUGCCCACCCCGGUGGCCGAGCACAGCAUGGAGCUAGCUGUCUCGCGCCAGAUCAAUGGGGCGCCCUGCAGCAUCGAGGAGGAGAAGGAGUCGGAGGCGGGCACCCCCAUGCGCGGGGAAGGGGGUGAUUUUGGUGCGGACGGUAGAUCCGCACAGGAGGGUGCAGGGGGGGACUCGACCCUCAGCGAGGUGGAACAGGUGAAUAAAUUUGUCUUAAGUGUCCUCCGUUUGCUCCUUGUGACCAUUGGACUGCUCUUUGUCUUGCUCCUCCUCCUUAUCAUCCUAACCGAGUCAGACCUUGACAUUGCAUUUUUACGUGAUAUCCGCCAGACCCCCGAAUUUGAGCAGUUCCAUUACGAAUACUUUUGUCCCCUCAGGCGGUGGUUUGCCUGCAAGCUCCGCUGGGUGGGCGAGUUGCUCAUUAACAAGUGAGAGUGAGGUCGUAGAGUUCGUAAGCCCGUUCAGGGGUCUGAGAUGACGGUUUAGGACUCCGGAGUGAUGGAGGGCAGCCUCGUCCCAACCAUGAACCCUGCUUGUCUCAUCAUCCUCCUGCAGACACAGCUCGGACCACUCCUGGUAACACCGGGCCUGGAUCUCUCUUCCCCUCCUCCACUUUGAGUUAACCCUUACCCACCCAACCACCUCCUCGUUUCGCUUCUUUUCUUCUUCUUUUCUACAAAGCCUAAGAACUUUUUUUUUUUGCAUUUUUUUUUAUUUCAACUCAUUCAAGUAUUUUAUUUUUUCAAAUAACACAAAGGAAAAAAAUUGUAAACAGAAAUAUAGGAACUGAAGAAGUUUAAACGGUUCCUUUUUACAGGAACAGAAGACUUUGCUGCAACGGAUGAACGUUGCCUUCAUUUAUUAUUUAUUGCUUUUAAACAUGUAUUUGCAUAGGGAAAGGAGAAAAGAUGAACAGCAAUCGAGAAGUUGAUUUGUCAUUAAAAUGAAGAUGGAAGUGAGAUUUGUUAGUGUUGAUAGGCCUACUGCUGUGAAGUAAAUGUGAGGCAAAGUCUUUCGAUAUUGGUUCAUCACCAUCAGAAGUCAACUAGACAAACAACAAAUUCAGAAAAAGCAGAACAAUUUUAAGGGAAUAAACCUUGAUAGCAGGCGGGGUGGUUACCUAAUACCUUUUUCAAGAAUAAGGCACCAAGCUGCAGAAAAGGUUGAUUUGUGGAUUGUUUGAAGACACAAUUACAUUUUAGUAUACAGUGGUGUACAAAGUAAACUGAUGAAGAACAAUAUUGUUUUAUCUAACAUUUUAUAGGGAUUCAGUAAAAUAAACCAGUACCCAUCGUGUGCCAGAUGCAGUUAGAGAAAUAUUCAUGAAGAGCAAAGAUUAAUAGAUAAGUCUAGAUAGAUGUGCAAUGCUCAUAUGGUUUUAAUAAUUAAGUACUUUUGAAUGUGCUCAUUUGUUCAGUUGUUCUGUAAUUUCUCCAAUUAAUUUGAUUUGCAUUUUUCUCAUCAAGUUGAAAUUCAAUGAAUUUCAAUAAUUUCUUUGUGUGAAAAGUUUAUGAUUUAUUUUGGUUUCAUAUCAACCUUGCUCUUAGGUUCAUGUAUCAUACUAUAUUAUUAUUAGAAUAAGAAUAACGAUGUACUUUUUGUACAAAUUAGUUUGUUCUAGUAGUUUUCCUAAUAUAUAUUGACAGGUUUUCCAUGUAUAUUUUAACAGAACUGAAAUGUUAUUUUGUUAUUGAAGAUUAAAUUAUACCUUUUUUAGCGCUGUGUUUCAAGUAAGGUCAGAAGCGAUUAUAGAAAUGUGGAAGUGGGGACUAAAAAAAACAGGGUUUUUAUCCAGAUCCACUUAACACUGAUCACACCUCUCAUCAGUCCACCAGCAGUGAAUCAGCCUUCAAUGUGUGCAUAAUUUUAAUGUUAAUGUUAAUGAACAUGAAUUUGUACAGAAUGAAAUCUGGAGAUAUCAUUAUACCACCACAAGAACCAAAUAAUCCAAAAGCACAUUUUCACCUUUCAUAACUUUGCCAUAUCUUAUUUUACUAUAAGAGUUUGGAGGGGGGAGCCUGACCGAUACUGGAUCUUGUCACUUCAUCCUUGAGCCAUUACCUAUCCUCACACUGAAAUUCAUUUUAAAUAUGGUGAAGCAGAACUAAAGCUGAAACAAUUUGUUAAUCGAUUGAAUUAUUGGCAGCUUUUUUUAAAUAAUUAGCAGCUAUAUUUCAAGCAAAAUGGCAAACAUUUUCUGGUUUCAGCAGAAUUUCUCUGUUUCAUAUCAUAAAUAUGUAAAUUGAAUAUAAUUUGGGUUUGAGCCUGGUAAAAACUGAUUUAAAAAAAGAAAAUUGGCCUAUUUUGAAUAUGUCACCUUGGGUUCUAAGAAAUUCUGAUGGAUUUCCUUCACUAUUUUCUGACAUUUUAUUGACCCAACAAUGAAUGUAUUCAUCUAGAAAAUAAUGGGCAUAUUAAUCAAUAAUGAAAAAAAGUGUUUGUUGGCGUCCUAAACAAAACAUUUUUUCAAUAAUAAAUGAAGAAUGAACAAUUAAAGGGGACAGGAAACACACCCUCUUUGGUAGGGAGAAAACAAUGUAGUCUGCUUCUGAGGUACAUUAUGCACUUUGCUUGCACUAAAUUCUUUUUAAAUACGUACUUUAGUUGUUUCCUUAAAUUAAUUUAAUAAAAGAAGACACAAAUAUUUCUUUGACAAGCCAAUAUUGGCGAAUAAUACCUGCCCUAAGAUUUGUCUGUCAGGCUCGAGACUCCAGGAAGCAAUAACUGCCACAGUUGCGAGAUUCUGGGUAAAAUCUGUUUUUUGUACUGCGUGUAUACAUCCUGCAGCAGGUGCAGGUGUAAGUGUUACUGUGUCUGUAUGUAGGAAUGGAAAUAAGAUGAAAGGUUGUAGCGGUGGAGGAUUAGACUGAGAGGUGAAAAACUUUUGAAAAAGGCAAGAAGGAAUUAGUGGAAGGAAAAGAGAAAGGAAAUUCAAUGAGAGAAAGAGGAAGAGAAGACUGAAGGAUAUCAGAGGCCUUCAAGAGGUUCUUUGAAUGUAGGAUUUAAAAAACAAAUUGGGGAUGUAAGGCACUUGGUGACUCGCCACUUACAAUGGCUGCACAGGGUUGCUUGUUUUUGGCCAGCUAAUACAAACAUCACACUCUCACACCAACACCUGCUGCUGCUCCACUAAAGGCCCGAUGGUGCUACCUUCUUUGUUUGCUGUAUUGCUGUAUGUGUAAUCCGAGCCCGUCAGGCCUUGGCUAAGUUUUAGUCCUGACCAUAGAGUAGCAUGCACUUUGGUGUUGUGGCUGGAUCCACUCCUGAAGCUCACUAUCCUUCACUAGUUAUCUGUGGUGGAGGGAGCCCCACUGACAUUUCUUAGCACAAUGCUAGAGGGAAUAUCAAAUCAUUACAGCUACGUUGGCAAGAAACCUGUCAUAGAUGCAGUGCAGGAGCUUAUUUAUGUCAAGAUCACAAUUUGUAACUCGGAUACAACCAGUAAAUAGCGAUGCAAAGAUGAAGAACAUUUUUCCUAACGGGGUUGGAGCAGGGUGGGUGGGUUCAUUUUUUUGGUGUACAUUCAUACUUCAUAUUUAUUACUUCUUUACUGACAUAAAGGUCAACAGGACCGACCAGUGCAGCCGGGCUGAGUUGUUAGCAGGACAUCUUUUAAAGGUCAGUUUACAAAGGUGUUUCUCAUACAUCUACCAGCAUUAUGUAGCUUCAGUAGUCUCUCUGAACAUGCAACAAUUAAAAAAAAAAACACAAGAAAAAGGCAGCAUUAUUCAAGGAGCAAUAAUCAGCUAUAAGAGCAAAAAGAUGUGAUUUAAAAACUUGUGUAUGAAAAUCUGACGAUGAGUAAGUCAAAUAUGUCCUUUCUGUUUCUAGAAAAAACACUUACCAAAUUGCUGUUGUGCUGACUCUAACAAUGAUGUGACCACCUGAGACACUUACUGUUGCAUUCAUAUAUAACAUUUUAUAAAAAAUUGAUUUUUCCUUAGAGACCUCUGUUCUGCUGUUUUCUUUGCAUUGUUAAGUGACAGAUUGUUCCCUGUGCCUGGAUCCUAACUCUGCAGUUUACCAAAGUGACAAAGAGGAAGGAUUGGAGUAUGAAAGACACAACAUCCCUAACAACUGUACUACAGACUACUCCAUCCUUAAAUCUCCCAGGCCAAGCAGGAAAAACAGUUGUUUGUAAUGUACUGGGCAGCCCGAAUUCUCUGUCUUAAUUUGUCUUUACAGGUUUCCUGUGACAAACCUGAGUUUAAUUUUACAUUUAAUUUGCUGUGUCAUGUUUACAUAUUUUGCAGUUCUUUUACGUCAUGGGAAAUGGCCAGUUUUGGCCAGAUGUGUGACUUCGGAUGAACUUUUGAUGUUAUUGUCAUCCAUGGUUUACAAAUCAGAAAAAGCCUGUCCAUCCUUAAAAAGCAGCAACGAAGGUACAGCUAUGCGAAUACAAUGGGGUGCAUUGGAAAAUGAAGCAUUGUUUUUUGUUGAAAUUUAAUAUACAGGGGAUGGAUUCAAUGACUGGAACACCCGCAUGAUAUAAUGCAACAAAAUGUACCAUUUGUGAUACAUUUUUAUCAAGGGGUGGUUUAAGGGAUGUUAAGGAUAAUUUCUGAGGUUGUACUUUUGUACCGGACUGAACUUUACUGUGAGGUGUUUUUGUUAUUUUGUCUACGCCCUGUGUUUUGCUACAUAUUUUCAACCAUCAGAUGUCUUAGUAAAGGUCUCACAAACCAA